AUCUUAUUUUUCAUAAAGGGCAACUCAUUUUAGAAAAGAAAUGAUCUGACAUUAUUAAGUGGUCCAAAUUUACUGAAACCAACAACUUAAAACUUGGACCAAACUAAUCUACCACCGAAACUUCUCUCUUCCGAUCUGCUGUCUCUCACUGAUGGAAGGAGUAGGUGCUCGAUUCGGCCGCUCAUCCACCCGUUACGGAGGACCGGCCACUGUAUUCACCGGUCCAGUCCGAAAGUGGAAGAAGAAGUGGAGCCCAGUUACUAAUAACAAACAUCCUCAAAAUACUAAUGGAACUACUUCUUGUAUCUUGUUAUAUAAGUGGACUCCUUAUGAUGUUAAUGUUAGUGAUUCCAAGAAAACUAAAGCUGAGCUUCCUAGACGCAGAUUCAAGUAUAUUCCGACUGCUGCACUGGAAGAACAAAAAAAUGAAUCUGCGGAGGAGGUUGAUGCUGAGGAUGAAUCCAACUCAAGUGAGACUAAACCAGAGGCAGCAGAGCCUGAUUCCAAAAGUGAUGGUAUUAAUGAGAAACCUGAUAUGAAUGAUGUGCCAGCGAAAGAGAACAAGGAUAUAAAGGACAAUCCACAGGAACGUCAAGAUUUGAAUGAAAGCACAUUGGAUUUAAGUUUGGGUUAGCAGUCUUAUCAUAAUAAGUGCAUAUCAGACUAAAGAUAAGUUGUAAUCAAAUAGUGCUAGCAAUCUUGGGAUACAGGUACAAACUUUGUUAGAUUUUAAAUUAUAGGACAGAUUUUAUGUGUCAUCAAUGUGUGCCAAAGCGUUUUAUGCCAAAGGUGUUCUACUUCAGCCAUCAAGCUCUGAACACCUCAGCCAUCAAGCUCUUCUAGCGUAAGCAGAUCUUUAUAGCCAGUCCACAAAUAUAGCCUUCAUCUGAUGCGCUGUUGCUGAGCUUGUAAUUUAUAACAAAUUGUUGUACUGAUAGAUAAGAACAAUAGUUUACAUUCAAAUGCAUAAAACCCACUGUUGAAUCCCGUGAUUCAAAAAAAAACACCAAAAAUUCUUGUAUCAUGUUUGUCUUGAAUUCAUGUCGCCAGUAGUCAAAUUGAUCUUGAUUGCCUAGCA